UGCGGGGCGGUGCCGGCGGCGGCGGCGCUCCGCCCCGUCUCGGUGUGUGAGCCCUCGGUGAGGCGGCGGUCACGUGUUGUUUUGCUCUUUAGUUGGGGCACUCGGUGCGCGAUGUGUUACUUACGGCGAAACUCCCGCCGGCAGCACCAGCAGCAGCAGCGGUCGGGGAGCCUUAGCGGCGUCGCCGGUAGUCGAGCCGGGGAGGACGCCGGGCGGCCGCCAGCAGCACCCGCUGCCUAGAGUGACAGCGGAGGAUCCCGCUGCGGCUCCGAGCACUGCGCUCUUCUACGAAGGAAUAACUUUAUUUUACCUGCUUCCCUCCGUCUUUCUUUUUUUUUCUUUAUUUUAUUUUCUCCGCCGCGGCGCUCGGGCUCCGGAUCCGCUCAGCGUCGGCGACAGCCGCGAGAGGAGCCGGGCGGCGCUCCCGCCGCGGGGCUGGGGAUGGCGAGCCCUGCUGUGCUGGGGCUGCUGCCCCCCCUGAGCUCCCCGCCCGGCCCCAACCUGAACAACAACAACAACAACAACCAGGGCGUCAGGAAGUGCGGGUACCUGCGCAAGCAGAAGCACGGCCACAAGCGCUUCUUCGUGCUGCGCGGCCCGGGCGGCGGCGGGGAGGAGGCGGGGGGCGCCCGGCUGGAGUACUACGAAAGCGAAAAGAAAUGGAGGAACAAGUCUGGGGCGCCCAAGCGGGUGAUCGCCCUGGACUCCUGCCUCAACAUCAACAAGCGGGCGGACGCCAAGCACAAGUACCUCAUCGCCCUCUACACCAAGGACGAGUACUUCGCUGUCGCGGCCGAGAACGAGCAGGAGCAGGAGGGCUGGUACAGGGCUCUCACCGACCUGCUCAACGAGGGCAAGGCGGCCUGCCAGGGGUCCCCCUACCGCCACCUCGCCUCCCCUUUCUCUGCCUCCUGCGGCGCGGCCGCCGCCUCCCUGGCCGCGGCCGGCGAAGACCUUAACUACGGGCUGAUCGCGCCGGCCACCGCUGCCUACCGAGAGGUCUGGCAGGUGACGCUGAAGCCCAAGGGCUUGGGUCAGAGUAAAAACCUCACCGGUGUCCACCGGCUCUGCCUCUCAGCCCGCACCAUUGGGUUCGUGCGCCUCAAUUGCGAGCUGCCCUCGGUCACGCUGCAGCUGAUGAACAUCCGCCGCUGCGGCCACUCUGACAGCUUCUUCUUCAUCGAGGUGGGGCGCUCGGCCGCCACCGGCCCCGGCGAGCUCUGGAUGCAAGCGGACGACUCGGUGGUGGCUCAGAACAUCCACGAGACCAUCCUGGAAGCCAUGAAGGCGCUGAAGGAGCUGUCCGAGUUCCGUCCCCGCAGCAAGAGCCAGUCCUCCUCCUCCUCUUCCUCCGGGGGGGCCGGCGGACCCGGCGGCAGCGGCGCCUCCGCCACCCAUCCCAUCACCGUGCCCGGUCGCCGGCACCACCACCUGGUCAACCUGCCUCCCAGCCAGACCGGCCUCCUCCGCCGUUCCCGCACCGACAGCCUCGCCGCCGGCGCCAGCACCAAGUGCACGCCGUGCCGGGUGAGAACGGCCAGCGAGGGCGACGGCUGCCGGGUGGGCUCUGCGGCCGGCAGCCCUAUGAGCCCGGGCCCUGUGCGGACCCCCCUGAGCCGCUCGCACACGCUCAGCGGCGGCGGAGGGCGGCAGGCAGGGAAGCUGCUCCCGGUGCUGGCCGGCGGUGGCGGCGGCGGGCUGCAGAGCAGCCGUUCCAUGUCCAUGCCCGCCUCCCACUCUCCCCCCUCCGCCACCAGCCCCAUCAGCCUCUCCUCCAGUAGCGGCCUCGGCUCCGAACCUGCCCACCCGCAUCACCCGCAGCGCCCGUCCAGCGGCAGCGCCUCCGUGUCCGGCUCCCCCAGCGAUGCCGGCUUUAUGUCCUUCGACGAGUACGGCUCCAGCCCAGGCGGCGACCUCCGGCCCUUCUCCUCCUCUUCCACUGCCAGCAACCGCAGCAACACCCCCGAGUCGGUGGCCGAAACCCCCCCAGUGCGGGACCCGGGGGGCGGCACUGACCUCUACGGCUACAUGGCCAUGGAGCGGCCCCCGAGUGGCCGCUUCUGCUACCGGCCCUGCCCCGACGCUGCCAGCGACAGGUGCCAUCGGAAGCGGACCUACUCCCUGACCACGCCGUGUCGGCAGCGACCCGCCGCGCCGCAGGUUUCCUCCGCCUCCCUCGACGAGUACACGCUGAUGCGCGCCACCUUCGCCGGCAGUGCCGGCCGCCUCUUCUCCUCCUGCCAAGCCGGGGCUUCCCCCAAAGUGACCUACACCCCCUACCCGGAGGACUACGGGGACAUCGAGAUCGGUUCUCACCGCAGCUCCGGCAGCAGCAGCACCAAUCUGGGCCCGCCAGCAGUGGGGGGAGGAGGGGAAGAUGAUGACGGCUACAUGCCCAUGACCCCCGGUGUGGCCGCAGCCUUAGGGCAGGGAAGCCGGGGCAGCGAUGAUUACAUGCCCAUGAGCCCCACCAGCGUGUCUGCCCCCAAGCAGAUCCUGCAGCCCCGGGCAGGGGUGGGUAGCGGGUCCCCGGGGAACGGGAGCAGCUACAAGACCAGCUCGCCUGGGGAGAGCUCCCCUGACGAUAGUGGGUACAUGCGGAUGUGGUGCGGCUCCAAGUUGUCCAUGGAGAGCUCAGAUGGAAGGCUGAGUAACGGUGACUAUAUCAAUAUGUCCCCUCGGGACCCCCAGAAUGGGCCCCAAGCUCCCUCCCUAACCCCCCCAGACUUCUUUUUUGCCCCUUCAGGGCAUGGGUCCAGUGAGCCCCCGAAGCCCAGCUGCUAUUCAUACAGCUCCUUACCCCGCUCCUACAAGAGUCAGGGCAUGGCAAAGGACAGCGACCAGUAUGUCUUCAUGAACUCCCCGGGGAGGAUGAUCCCGGAGGAGGCGGUGUGUGGAGCGAGCCAGUUGCCUGCAGGCACCCUCGCCCCCUCCAGCCACACGGUGCCUUCGCCCCUGCGGCACAGCCGGACCGAGAGCUUCCUUAGCCAGCGCUGCCAGCGGGUGGCCCGGCCCAGCCGCCUCUCUUUGGAGACCUUGCGGACGAUGCUGCCCAGCAUGAGUGAGCACCCUCUGCCGCCUGAGCCCAAGAGCCCCGGUGAAUACAUCAACAUUGACUUUGGGGAUGCUGCCGUCUAUUCUCCCCCCUCACUGCCUGCUGACAGCCCAGCCUCCUCCCUGGGCUCGGGCACAGGGCAGAGGCGCUCCCCUCUCUCUGACUACAUGAACAUUGACUUCGGGUCACAGUCACCCUCCCAGUCAGGCACGGUCUCGGUGGGCUCCUUGGAAGCUCUCUCUCCAGGUUCUUCCUCCAGCACCAGCCAGCCCAAUGGGCACUACCUGAAAGCGGCUGUGGGGAUGGCUUGUUCGUCCAGCCCAUCGGAUGGUGGUGAUUACACUGAGAUGACCUUUGGAAUGGCCACUACCCCACCUCAACCCAUUGUUCAGAAACCAGAAAGUGCCCGGGUCACCAGUCCCACAUCUGGUGUGAAGAGGCUCACCCUCUCUGGGGUGGAGGCUUUCAUUCUCUCCAGCCCUCCCCCAGACCCGAAUCGGGGGGCAAAGGUAAUCCGGGCAGAUCCCCAGGGGCGGAGGAGGCACAGUUCAGAAACUUUCUCCUCCACCACCACUGUGACCCCAGUGUCCCCCUCCUUUGCACACAACCCCAAACGACACAACUCUGCCUCGGUGGAGAACGUGUCCCUCAGGAAAAGCGAAGGCCUGGAGGAAGAGCAGGGUAGCAGUCCCAUGUGCCGGGAGACCUCGGCUGGCUUCCAGAAUGGCCUCAACUACAUUGCCAUUGAUGUUGUGGAUGGGUCCUUGGCAAACUGUGACAAAUCCCGGUUGAAAGCUAGGCACCUCCUGAAUGGGGGCAUCAAUGGAGUAGAGAUGAGCACCUAUGCCAGCAUAGACUUUCUGUCUCACAACCUGAAAGAAGCCAGUGCUGUGAAAGGAAGUACAGGAAGAUGGAAAAGAUGAGAGAUGCCACCGUUUGCAGAGCAAGCUUUGAACCUAAUUAAGACGAGAGGAUUGUUGAAUGCAAUGUCAGAGUUUGAAAAGAUGAAGGCUUAUUCUGAAUGACUGGAAGGGUUGAGGGCCAAGCCUUAUAUGUCUCUUGUUUAGUUUUGCUCAGUCGCUUUCAGGAUCCUUGCGGCUUGCCCGAGCCCGGUGCGGAUGCUGCAGCCCCGCUCUCCUUGCCCGGCCUUGGGAUGGCGGUCCCGGGCGCCAGCAGACGAUCACGCCCCUUUGCUUUGCAAACGGAUUUAUUCGGAAACGAGGAGCUUGUCUCGAGCCACCUACAGCACCGAUUGCAGAUGAAGCCUGGUGUUGGGAAAGAGCUAUUUCCACAGCAUUCCCGAGCCGCUGACCCUGAGGGGGGCGGGGGGCGGCACCGGUUACCGCGAAAACCCGGCGCGGCAGCGGCGCGCGGGAAUGGGAGCGGCGGGCGGCCCGGUAAGGAGGGGGAAGCGACCGCCGGCCUUCCGUCCUGUAAACAAAAGGAUAACGCAGGGAACGCAGCCGUGUAAUGUGGUACACGGCUUGCCGCGGAGAGGGCUCGGUGCUGCUGCUGCGUGUGUUUGUCCAAGGACGGUUGUGGGCUUGUCUUUAUUUUAAUAUUUAAUCUGCACGUGUGUUUGUUUUUCCUCUUUCCCGUAAACUUCUAAACGCAGACCGCAUGGAGGAGUGGUGUGGGGAGGCUCCUUGGGAUUGACUCUAUCUGUAGGACGUGGGCUGUCUUCUCCAGCACCUUGCUUCCCUGAGAAGGGUGCCAGCCUGUAGGGUGCACUCAGAGGUACGGGAUGCAGGGAUGGAUGGAACCAGAGUCAGGUCAAGGUAGAAAGGAAGAACCUCAUACCACCAGCAUCCUCAGCCAGCAGUGGGUCGGGUACCAAAAAACGGAGCAUCAGGUUAAUUGCACUUGUGGCAGCCAACCUGGGAAAGUCACAGCAUGGGGAAGGAGAAAUGCAUCAUAAAGGACUUCAUUGGUGUAAGUUUAAUCAAAUAAUAAACUUCUGCGGACUUCCUAGUUUCCCUUUUGGUUUUCAUUGGGAUUUCAUACUAAAGUUUGUUUGUGGAAGGUCUUCUGCCAGUGCUUAAAAAGGUCGCCCAGAAUUUUGGUAAUGUAUUUGAGUUUCAAACAUUGUGAUUUGGGAGACUGCUAAGAAUUUUGUUUUACUGAGAAACAUACUCUAUUUAAAGAAAACUGUAUUUUGCACAUAGAAAAGAUUAUUUCAUCAGUAGUAACAGUAGAUUUGAGAAAAUAUAAAUUUGUAAACAUUACUGAUUUGCAGAGGAGAGAGCUUAUAUAAUCAGCAUUGUUUGUUUAAUUUGCACUUUUUUCAAACUUUGUUUUUAACUACAUUAAAAAAAUGAGAAGUUUUGCUUCAAGUGUUUUUUGCAGUAAUUUUGAAAUGAUGGAGAAUCUACUUCUGUUUAAUAUUUACAACAGGAGACUGAGAUAGAGUAUACAAAUAAGCUCUUUGCAAUUGCCUUCUCAGAAAAUGAAUAUUUUGAUUUGUGCAAAAUACAUGUUAAAAAUCAGUUUGACUUUUUCCUUAAGGUCUGUUGCAGUAGUUAUAUUUAUAUGUGGAUAAAUGGUUUAAGGAAAAUUAUUUGUAUAAUUUAAAGGUGGCUAGCUUCCAUGUGUAGUGUAUAUCUCUGCUAUGCCUCUGCUGUAGAGAGUGCUUUGCUUUUGGAAAUCUCUGUCCAUAUUAUCCUGUCAUGGCAAGAGCAAGCAGUGCAUCCGCAGCUACUGUCAAAACAGAGCAGUUGAAAUGUUGCUUGAAAUUAUCACUUCAUUUAGUUCUACUGUGUUCUAAAAAUGUGCAAAUAUUUAGGAGUUGGAGAAACAAUUGCCUUCAUCUGAAAUGUAAAUAAAAUAAUACUGUUAUUGGUGGGUUAAAACUUGUUACUUGCUAAUAACUAGCCUUUGUUCUUAAACUAUGACUGCUUUUUUGCUUAGAAACAUGGACUGUGUAUGAUUUAAUUAUUUAUGGAGAUGUUUACACCCAUUUUUCUUAUGAAGUGUGAAUUACUUAUUCCACUAUAUUUAUGACAGAUUACAAUCAAUAAUUAUGUGACUUUUUAUGGUGGGUUUUAGUUCUGAAGUCAAAGUUGAAGUCAGAUAGGAGUUUUGUUUCUGUCUCAGUGGGGUUAAGAUUUUAUCCUUUGUAUUAAUCCUGGAAUUCUUAAUUAAGAUGACCAUUACAGUUGGUGUAUAAUAGAGAAUUUUUCCUUAAUCUAAGUCACCAGAGUGGGUUAUCUUUAAUUUUGUUUUCUUUUCCAUUCACAGAGCGCUCUGUAGUUUCAACUUGUAGAUGUUUCUAGUAGUUGGACUAGUUUUCUAAAAUAGAGCAGAUACUAUAUGUAGUAAUACAAAAAACCUUGAGGGUUCUUUCUGUCAGUUUCUUUUGCCUUGAUUUGUUUGAAGAAGUCCUCAUCUGUAAUGCAUCUGCUUAAAAUUGUUCAUAAGGUGAUUUUUGAUAAUAAUGAUCCUCCUCUUGCAUAGCUUUUAGUUUUGUGAGGGUUUUAUGGUUGCAUCUGAACAAUAAAAAAGCCUAUCUUAAGCAA